UUCUUUAUUUAUUUCGUCUCAUUUCCCUGCAAAACCCUAAUUUUCCACACCUCGGAAAAUUUUCUUGUGAUCGUCCAGAAAUUUUUGUUUGGAAAUUUUAUUUUUUGUAUUUCUGAAGAAAUUAUUUUUACUGUUUUUAAAAUUAUUAUUAUUUUUUUUACGAUUUUUGGGGAGGGUGAUUUGUUGGAUUUUCCCCUACUGGAAGCUCUGAGUGCUGUCUGUAAUGGCGGAGAUUCAGGUUGCCGAGAAGAAACUAAGUUAAAGUUGCAGUACUCAAGCUCCGGUUGUUGAUCUAGAAGCAGUUCUACCGGAGGUUUUCGUUUUUGGACUCGCAUAAGUUGUGAUAUUCAACUCACUCCAUUGGCUCUGUUUUCGGGUUCUCUUUCAUUGUCUUCUACAUUGAGACCUCCUUCGAGGUGUGUUGGGUGUAAAAUAUCGUCUGGAGUGUGUAGCGGAGGAUGGAGGUUUAGGGUUUAAGCCGUUGGUUUGGUUUUCUGUAGUGUUCUGCUUUUGAAUCCUUUGUAGUGAAAAUGGAGGAGAAAGAGGGCGUGGAUUUCGGGUUUGCAGUAAAGGUGAGGGAAGCUCCAGAAAGCCUCGGGAUGAUGGAUUCGAGACCGGAAAAUAGUAGCGCAGAUGGUGAGCCGGCAGUAGCUGCGGCGGCGGCGGCGGGUACAGAUGGAAAGAAGAAGAGAGGGAGGCCAAGAAAGUACGGCCCCGAUGGGAAAAUGGCGCCAACGUUGUCACCAAUGCCGAUUUCGUCGUCGAUUCCGCUAACAGGAGAAUUUUCAGGCUGGAAACGGGGCAGAGGGCGGUCGGUGGAGUCCAUUAAGAAGUCGCGCAAGUACGAGUAUGAGAUUCCUCCAGGUAACAAGGUUGCUUUCUUUGCUGGUGCAGAUUUCACACCUCACGUGAUCACUGUUAAUAUUGGUGAGGAUGUUAACUUGAAAGUCAUGUCAUUUUCCCAACAAGGAUGUCGUGCUAUUUGUAUACUCUCUGCUAAUGGUAUGGUUUCAAAUGUUACACUUCGGCAAUCAACAUCUUCUGGGGGUACUCUAACAUAUGAGGGUCGUUUUGAGAUACUUUCAUUGUCUGGUUCAUACAUGCCUUCUGAAAGUGGUGGAACAAAGAGCCGAUCUGGAGGGAUGAGUGUCUCUUUGGCUGGCCCAGAUGGCCGAGUGAUGGGUGGAGGACUCGCCGGCAUGCUGAUAGCAGCUGGUCCAGUGCAGGUGGUGGUGGGCAGUUUUCUACUACCAGGUCACCAGCAGGAAAAUAAACCAAAGAAGAGCAGGACUGAACCUGCAGCUUUAUCACCUCCAGCUAAUGUCUUUUCUGGCGAAGCGACAAAGGGAGUCUUUGGAGGAGUGAAGCAUUCCACUCUAAUCGGAGAUAAAGCAGCUUCUUUAGACCCAACUCCAGCUUGUAGAACUCCACCGGCCAAUGAAAAAUUGCCUUACCCAGAAGAAUCGAGGGGUGGCUUCAACCAAUCAAACCAUGAGGUUUCUUGUUGAUUAUCAUCUUCGAUUGUGCAUUGAAUUUUUUCAUGCAGAUUUGCUGGUGCAUUGGCUUUUCCUCAACCUCGAACAUCAGCAUUUUGAGCUCAUUGAUUCUUUAAAGGGCUAACUAAGAGAUUACAAACAACUGACGUAUUUAUCGUCAUCAGGUAACUUCUCUAGGUAGAAGUCUAAGCCUAAUAGAUAAGGGCUUGAUGAUUAUUAGGCUUAUUCGUUGUCUGUUCUCAGCAUUUAGGAUCUCGUGUGUUUUAUCCCCCUUAACGUUAUAGCAGUUUAGAUGCAGGAAUUGUGUAAAUUAUUCAUGUUUUAGAACUCUCUGUAUCUUAUUCUGAAAUAAUAACAUUUAAGUUCAAAUAUCAAUGACUAUUUUUCAAUGUUC